UCCUCUUCUUACUUGAGCAUCAAGGAAGAUGCUGUUGUCACAACCAAGAAGCUCAUGGAACCCAGCAAAACCCUAAGCGUGAGCAUGAAACCAAAAGAAGAGGAGCUUGGUGAUGAGAAGAAAAUUUCGAAGAAAGCUUCUGAAGAACCAGAGAUUGGUGUGUUUGGAGCUGAGAAGUACUUCAAUGGAGACAUGGAUUCAGACCAAGGCUCUAGUGUUCUGUCUCUGUCUCUGACAAACCCUGAAGUUGAGAGAACCAUCGUCCUCGAUUCAAAACAGAGCGCAAAGAAAUCUACUGGAACUCCUAGUGUCCGGUCUGAAUCAAGCUGGAAUAGUCAGAGCGUGUUGCUUCAGAACAAAUUGGUGAAUAGCUGCAACAGUUCCUUGCAGGAGAAGAACAACAACAACAGUAGUGGUCAGAUUCAAAAGGUGAGUAAUAAUAAGAAGAGUUUCCUCGCAAAUCUGGGGUGUAAAUGCGCAUGUUCUGAUGGUAACUCAGUAGAUGUCGACGAGAGCAUCUCGGUGAAGAGAAGCUCUGAUCCGAAUAUCUCUGUUUUCACAAAGAGGGAGAUCGAGAAUCAGAUGAGUACUUCUUCUGCGAAUAUGAAGUCAGACCUGAUCAGGAUUCAGAAGCAAGAAGAGUUAUCGCAGAGGAAGUCACUUGAAGUGUUUGGAUCUCCUAUAAAUAUUGAGAAGAAGAGGAUUGUUGUUCAACAGAAACUCGCAUUGCGUCCAUGGGAAUCAAGAACAGAGGAGGAAGACCAAAAAAGUGAAGGGAGUGAUACAAGCGCGGAUCUUUUCGAGAUAGAGAGCCUUACAGGGAAACCUAAACCUUUUCUUACGAGGCAAGGAAGUGAUCCAGCUUCACCUACGUGUUAUGCUCCAAGUGAAGUAAGCGUAGAGUGGAGCAUAGUGACAGCAAGUGCAGCAGAUUUCUCUGUUAUGUCGGAAUGUGCAACAAGUCCUGUAAGAAGAAGCAACCGAUCUUCUCAGAUUCCUCGAAUCCCUAUCACCGCUAAAUCAUCAGCACCGGGUUCAUAA